AUGCUCUUCCCUACGAUAUGGAAGUAUGACGACUCAAAGAAAUAUGACAAUGGCUCUGCUGUCGAUCCGCUCCCCCCCAAGGUUUGGAAGCUGGCCGGGUCCAACGAAGACAUCGAAGCUUUCCGUUCGCUGUACAAUCUGACUCUCGUCGACGCCACACCCCAAGAGGCCGCCUUAAUGCCCUCCUGGCCACAAGCUCUCUUCCAGUUUCUGGUGGUGGCGCCGCCCAUAACUGCGUGUGGCUUCGGCUCGGACAAGUACUCGUUCUUUGGCACCGAAAUCACGCCCGCCCAGUUCCUGCAGGUGGUGCUCUCGCCCUUCAUGUUUGUGGCAUGGUGUGUCUCAUUCGGCCUCACCCAGAGCGACAAGACCACUGGAGGAUGGAUGUCGGUGCUCGGAUGGGCCGCUUGGUACGACCUCCUCGACCACCCCUUUGGAUACUAUGCCCUGCCCCCGCUGGCCUUCCAGUGGGUAGCUUCCUUCGCCCUCGUCAUUCAACGGUGGGUGGGCGGCUUGGGCACUGUCGCCUACCAGAUGGACAGCCUCAACGGGUGUGUCCCUGCCGAUGGCGUGGCAUAUCUUGAGCAGGGGGCGCGCAGUCACAGCUUCCGCAUCGUGCAGAGUGCUACGUUUGCCGUGUCUACGUUCUUUAUGCUGGUGGUGUUUUGGGCCAAGGCCCCGGGGGCCUUUAACCGCAUCAUGGUCAUGCCGGCCCUCACGGAGCUCGUCAUCGCUAUUUUUGUGGCAAGUCAGGGCAGGCCCAUGGUGGUGUCUGGGAACUGCAUGCUUGUGGAAUUAAAACCAGAUGCAGGCUUCUUGGACUCGGACAUCAGUACAAGGUGGAAGGUUUUUGCCUCCUUUAUGGGAUUCUGA